UUGCCGCUUUAUUUUGUUUUCGCUCAGGAAGAGGAAGUGACUUCCGUAUUUCAUGUAUCCAAUGGCUUUGACUUGCAUAUUAUAAUCAGAGGCUUUUCACCUCACUCCAGCUCCACAGACAGGAUAUAAACCUGUCUGUUCCUCAGCUGGCUGUCAACAGACGGUACAUGACCUCCGUCGGUCCUCGGCUUUAGGAACACUCUGACGUCAGUGAACCAGCAGAGAACCUGCAGCAGGAACCUGAACUGAUGCUCCUGAAAAAGAGAGGACAUACGUGGUUGAUAGCUUCCAGCAUGGUGUCCCUAGUCGUGCUCAUGAUGCUGCUGUACGGCACCAUCGGCAGCCAGCAGCCCGGCAGCUCCAGCCUCAGACGUGACUACCAGCUGCUGGGCAGACCGCUGUACAAGCUGGACCUGAGCUGGCCCAAGAACCCGGAGCUGUUCGGCGGGUUGGUGUUCGCAGUAGCUGUCAACCAGUACGCUGGGGUGGUCUAUGUGGCUCAGAGAGGUGACAAUGUGCCCAAAGUCCUGGUGUUCACCACAGAUGGAGAUUUCCUUAUGUCUUGGAACACAACCACCCUGGAGAUGCCUCAUGGGAUGUUUUUAGCAGACACAGCCUCAUUAAACCCCACAGUGUGGAUCACAGAUGUGGGAAACGGCCCCAACGGCCACUGCAUCAAACAGUACUCACCGUCAGGGAAACUUCUGCAGGUGCUUGGUACACCUGGGAAAGCAGGCUCUGCGUUGGACCCUCUGCAAUUCGACCAGCCAGCUGAAAUCUUUGUUCACGACUCUGGGGAGAUGUACAUCGUGGAUGGUGAUGGAGGGAUGAACAACCGGCUCAUCAAGCUGUCCACAGACCAGCAGGUGUUGUGGGUGCACGGGGAGAAGGGACAGGGCAUGGCUCAGUUCUACAUCCCCCACAGUGUGACAGUGGACAGUGCUCAGAGAGUGUGGGUGGCUGACCGGGGCAACAAGAGGAUCCAGGUGUUUAACUCCAUCACCGGGGACUGGCUGGGGACGUGGGGGAGCUGCUUCACCGAGGAUGCACCCUACUCUGUCCGCCUGACCCCAGACAAGAAGUACUUUGUUGUUGUCCAGCUCAACACCAAUCAGAUUUCACUGCUGGAUGCACCGCCAGUGGGCUUGAUCGGCCAGUGCAGCGUGGUCAGCGUGAUUCAGCUGGCCGAUGAGGUGAAGCCCCACCUGGUGGACCUGGACCUGAAGACUGGGGCUCUGUAUGUGGCUGAAAUUGGAGCUCAACAGGCACAGAAGUUUAUCCCCUUCAGUCUGGGUGGGAGUUUUCUGUAGAGCCAUGUUGGGCUUUAACUGAAGAAGCAAAAACUAUGCCAAUCAUAGGCAUUACCACUUACCUAAAAUCUACCAAAAUGCUCCUAUGGAUUAUAAUACCGUUUGCAAUACUGUAAUGCAGAAAGAAAAGAAAACACAGUAUGGUGAAACCCUCCUAAUAACAUAUCUAAUGUAGCCUCUGACAACCAUCUCUUAAAGGUUUUUGUCUCUACAGUUUUCAAUUACUUGUAGAUAAAUGUAAUCUUUUUGAGGCAGGGUUUCUGAUAGCUAAGCAUGUACUGCUUUAAACUGUGUUAAUAUUCAGCAGAUUUCAACUUUAAGCAUCAGUUAAAUAUUUUGGGAUCACAGGACAUCUGUAUGUUACUCUUUUAACCCUUGGGUGCACAGUGGGGGUCAGGAUACGCAUUUUCCACUGGAUUGGGUCACUUUUGACCCAUGUAGUGCAUCAAAAGGUUAAAGCAAAAGGAAAUUUCUGCUACUAUUUCUAGUCGCUUCGCUAAUCGUCUCUUUGUUUCUGUAAUUUUGUGCAGUUAUGUGCCAAUUGUAUGUUUCACUACAUUUGUUGAGUGCUUGAACAGAUCAGAGCCUCUCUGGUGCAGAAGUGUUUCCUUUAUUUACUUUUUUGCUGGUUCGGCUUUUGGUGUAUGAUUAUACAUGUGUAAAAGGCUAGAACUGAAUUGUUUUGCACACUGUGUUCUAUGAAUGUGAAUUACUCUUUCUGAAAAAUGAUUUUGACAAAGCAGAUGUAUACAUUUACUCUCAGUAAUGAUAUUACUGUCCUGCACUAUGAUUCUUGUGUUUUGAGAUAAAUGCUACUAUGAGAAAUGGAUUUUAUUUGUGCCUAAUCCAUAUAGAACAGUGUUUGGGAGUUUCAAAAUGGGUCUCCAAAUAAAACUAAGAAAAUACUUUCAAUAAAAGCACAUAAUUUUGUUUCAGUCACUUUCAUCACACAUGCAGCUCAUUGUGUUGCCCUACGACUCAACUUAAACAGUCCAAAAACAUAAUGAGGUUUAUUGGUGAUUCUACAUUGUCUGUAGGUGUGAAUGUGAGAGUGAUUGUUUAUCUGCAUAUGUAGCCCUGUGAUUGGAUGGAUGGAUGGAUGGUUACAUUUUGAGUACCUUUACCAAACAGAGCUCUGUUCUAACUGGAUUAUGUUGCUUGGCGAUAUUUAUUUUUGUGGUACAGCUUGUUACACCUGCUUGAUCAGUUAUGGAUGCUUGUUGAAAAAUGCUUCAUUUUCAUUUUUGUGACCAAAUAUUUCAUAAAUAAAAAUAUUCUAUAUGUUG